AUGACAGAAGCAGAUACUACUCAACCACCCCCUGCUGUCAUUGACCAAACACAAAAACAUCAGGACGCUGAAGAACCUACAAAUGACAAUACAGAUCCAUCUCAUCCUUCACUUCUUUUGGCUACAGACGCACGUCAAAGAGGUCUCACAACCGGGGAACCAGCUAGUCUUGUUCCCCCAAUCUCAUCAUCGCCAAUUCCUACUUCAGGACAUGGUUCAUUCUCGGCAAAUGAUCUCGAAAGAAUGAAUGCCAAUGCAAUCUUUAUUAAGAAUGAAUUAAAAGCUGCCGGACCAACAAAUUUGACAUUAGAAGAACAAGAAGAACAAGAUAAACCUGUAAUCGAAGGUCUUCAAUUAUUACUUGACAAUCGAUUCAUGAGUGCCAAGGCUGCGUUCUCCAAGAAAGCAAACGUUGAUCCACUCCACGCUCUUGCCCUGAGUUCAAUGGCAUUCUUGAAAGCUGUAAUGACAUCCGCUGAACAUGAUCAGACUACUGCCCUGAAUGCACUCAAUAUCACCUAUGAUAUCGCAAAAACCCAACGUAGUUUUUACAAGACACCUCCGGCAAUGACAGGGUACAUUAGCAGAUACUACAAUUUUAUUGGAGGCUCAGAGGAGGACACUUCUGCAGAUAAUAAAUCCCAGGCAGCACAAAAACCAAAACCAAAACCAAAAACAUCAUCAAUACCACCAACAUCAACAUCAGAAACAGCUGCAGAAGAAGAGGAAAAGGAAGAGGAAGAAAAUGAGAAAGAUAAAGAAGCACCAGCAAAAGACACCACCACUUCACCAACCCAGACUGUUGCUACUAGUGAAGCCUUCCCACCGAAUGGACUUUUGCGUGCACAUGUAAUCGAAGCAGAAUGCUGCUUACAGAUUGCUAUCUUACAAUUGAUACAAGGAUCCAUUAUUGACUAUGUAAAGUGUGGAUUGAAUCUUCGAAGAGCUUACAGCAGCUAUGUUUUUGUCUGGGAAGAAUAUACAAAGAUGGGACCUGAGCACAGCAAAUAUAUGGAUGCCAACACAGUUUCGUGUGUUCAAUUUGGUGUGGGUGCUGUCCACCUUGUACUAGCUACUCUACCAGUCAAGGUAUUAAAGGCAGUAUCUGUUCUUGGCUGGAAGCCAGAUAAACAGCUAGGAUUCGGCCUUCUCAAUGCAUGUGCAGAGGGAAAUGGUGUACGGGCAUACAUGGCAACCAUGAUGCUUUUAUCAUAUUACACAACCGUCACUUCCUUUACUCCUCAAAUCCUUUCUAGUGUUUACACAAAAUCAGCCAUGGAGACAUUACUGGAAGCUCAACGCGGACAUCCUAACUCUGCACUUUAUCUCUUCUUUUCUGGCUCUGUUGCUCGCCUCGCUAUCGAUCUUCCUCUGUCAACAAAAUCAUACCUCUAUGCCUCUGACAUGGGAAAAGGCGACUGGGCCGAACUUGCAUUCACAAAUACGUCUAGAUAUGAAGUUGCACUCAACCAUUUGAUUACCGGAAACUGGGACCAUGCUGCGACUGCAUUUGGAUAUCUGUCUAAACACCACUACUGGUCUGCAGCGUUUUGCAAAUACGCCGAAGGAGCGUGUCUGGAGAUGAACGGAAAACGCACAGAGGCAAUUCUCACAUUUGCUGAUGUCGAGGCCCUGGUAGACAAAAAGAAGGGUAGUAGCCGCAUGGAAUACAUGGACGCAUACACACUACGAAAGAUCGCGACGCUCCAAGAAAGCGGCUACCAAGACAUGGGCAUGUAUUGUCCGAUACUAGAGUUUAUGUUCAUCUGGAACCUUUUUCACUUUAUGGACCACAAUCUAUUGAAAGAGUGCAUAUCUCGUGUUGAUGACGCUCUGGAAUUUAUUCAACUAAAAGAAGAACAGGCCUACCAAGAACGCAUGAUUGAGCUGGCACCAGAUACAGAUUUGCCUGAUUAUUUCGAUGAACGUGCGAUUUUGCUACUCAUCAAAGCUUCAAUUAAGAAUGUGCUUGGCCAGACAAGUGAUAUUGCUGGACAUUUGAAUUGGAUUAUUGAUCACAGGGAGAGCUUUGGAUCAGAGUCGUGGGUAGUACCUUAUGCAUUCUGGGAGUCGGGUGUUUCCUGCUGGAACCUUGAUGAUAAGCCUCGUGCUCGCCGAGUGUGGGAAAUGGCACUGACUUGUUCAAAAUACGAUUUCGAAUAUCGUCUUUCUGUGCGUCUUGGUCUUGCUUUGACAAGAGCAGAAGAACUUGGGUUUACGACUCCAAUUCCUGAACCUGAAAAAAAUAAACGGUCAAAAAUCCAGACUAAAACGUUCAAACGACUUUGA